AUGGCUCCAGUGGCAUCUGCUCAAGAGACCCGAGACUACACUUCUGUCUUCAAGCAAUGGAAUGAAUUAGGAAGGAGAGGAGAGUGUAUUGCGAAAUCACUCAGCUCAGCUCACCUUAUUUUGCCGAGGAACUGCCUGCCCUUAGUGGCACCCCGUGGUGAGUAUCCCUACCCCUACCACGACUUUCACACUUGGAAAGGCGUAUCGGGAGGAUGGUAA